AGGCAUCCCUUCACUGCACACUGCUUUCCUGUUUCGGUAUAAGUAUAUUUGAAAGUAGAAGUAUAAUUCUACCCACUGGUGCUGUAUCGUGAUGAGGUCGAGGUCACGCGAAAGUAUCCAUGAAUCAUAAAUACUCAGAUGAUACAUCGGUGCAGCUAAAAAAAGUUGAAGUUUGCGACAAAUAAAGAUGGGCCAGGAGCAAAUCCCGACGUCAGAGUUUACCAAAAACAUCAGCACGCCGAUGGAAAACGAAAAGCAAGGGUCCUCGGAGAGUCUCCUUCCCUUGCAGGAGGAUCCUCAAACGGCCAUGCACGGUGCGGAUUCUAAAAAUCACGAUAUCAAUAUCUCACAUAAUUCCACCGCGAUUCUGAUUCCCCCCUCCUUUCGUGUGUCCGUCGCGAAUAUGGUUACCGGGGACCUACUGCCCAAUGUAGAGGAAAAGGUCUGGGAAAGCUCUGCCACUACUGUUAAGGACCUGCGGCACUUUAUCGCCGAGGAGCUGAACCGCCGGAAUGCGCUGCUCGACUUGGAAGAGGAAAAAGCGCAGCAGCAGCUCCGGGUCACGCAAGGAAAAGAGUUUUCACCGACGUGUUCCCCGAGUGCUAGCACUUCUUCACCGAGUGGCCGCUGGCAGCGAUCCUCGACUCCGCUUGAGGAUACCAGUACCUUUCAGACCGUGGCUCCUACUUCCACUGAAACCAACACGAGCUGCUCCAGCGUGUCAAGUCCACCAAUAACUACCACUCCGUCCUCUCGUCCGGCUUCGGGAGGAUUUUUUUCCUCGUCUGUACGGGCGACGACGGGGCAAAUGCAGGAUUGUCCGGCCGGCACCGAUGUUGAGCAGUCUUGUGCGUACAAGAAGCGACAAAUCCACUGGGAGCACAUAAUUUUGCUCAUGGCUCCACCCGGUUCUGCGGAAGGAAGUGAGGACCAGGAUGACACGGAACAGGUGGAAGAUGGGGAUGUUGACGAAGAUUUCUCUGAAAAUGAGGAUAUCUCCUCGGUCUUCUCCUCGGAAAAAGAAGACCAACAGAUCACGAGUAGUUCUCUGCCCAGACGUGCCGUCGACGACGCUGGCGACCUCGGAUCAUUCAUAACGCCUUGUGACGGCGCUCUCGAAAGCGGCGGGCCAAAAGCGGCUCAUGCAGGGACCACAAGUGACAGUCCUGCCUCUGCAAGCGACGAGGUAGGCUCGGCAUUGCGGCAACUCGGAGAACAGGAGGCGAUGGAUGCUGAGAAAAGCAAUUGCAAGCUGCUUGACUGGAUUUUAUCGUGGACAACAACGACUUCAUCUUCAAAGAGCAAGGGUGCAGCGGUACAACUGCCAUCGAUAGAUUGUUCUGACGUGCGAAUGAAGGUGGCACGUCACAAGAGCUCCAGCGUCGUCGACUCUAUGGAAGUGGAUUCCACCGCGGUCGGUGAGCUUUCUCUGAGUGGUUCAGUUUGUCAACUACAUCAGGCUAAGAACAACCCAGGAGCGGACAUAUCGGCGGCAACCGAGAAGAACGUACUGCACUCUGGAGCCGUCGCCGUGUCGUGUUUGCUACUUGAGCCCGACACAAAUUUUGCAGCGCCAGAAAGAAAAAACGAGGUUCGGGCAUUGAAAAAGUUCUCGGAGCCGUGGUCCUGCUCGACGAAGUGUGGUUCUUCAAGCGAGGGUGCUGCAACAUGCACCACCAGUGCUGGCACUAGCUCCGGCAGCAGCCCGAAGACUGCUAUCGUGGAAGCGUCGUCGUUGACUAAAGUUUCUCCAUCCUCCUCGCUCACGCUUUCGAGCGAGGAAGAAUUAGAUCCCGUCGACGGCGCGCGGACAGAAAGAACGACCACCGGCGACGCCUUGCGCAAGAGAAAACAAGACGAGUCUGGAAGUACCAAGGACGCGCUUGUCGGCACCUCCGAGAAGAAGAACAAGACAGAGGAGUUGGCCGGUGGUCGGGCUGCAGAGAAAGCCUCCCGUUCUUGCAACAUCCUCCUCGCGCCGUCAGUUGCGCAGACGGACGCAGAGCGGAGAGAAAUAGAAAUCGAAAUCGAAAACAACAAGCAGACUUCAAGACUGGCUGCUGGAUCAUUGAAAGACACAAGUGCAAUAGUUGCAUCAGCGUCGUCUACUGUUCCUCCUCCUGCUGUACUGUCACCCGCACGACAAUUAGGACCACCUCCCGUUUUCCAUCUGUCUUACUGCGUCCGUCAGUGGAAGGAGUUUGAAUCCUAUCGCAAGAAAAAGGUGUUACAGUUACACAUUGUGUUGCAAGACCGGCAACACAGACAACCAGUCGCAUGCAGGAAAUGCUUGGGAGGCUCGUUUCCUUCCUGUUUUCCCUUAUGAUCUUCGCAUUACAAGUUUUCUCUGCCACACAGAGAAAAUCUGUGGUGCAGAAACUCCAACAAGUGUGUAACUGUAUCACUUUUUUCUCGUGAUAAGUCCCGGGCGGAGCUGAAUGCCGCCCUCGAACCCUUCCGUGGUCCCUGGGACCCCAUGGAGCCCUAUUGGGACCGCGAGGACCCCGUGGACUUGAUGCAGCAGCGGGUGGACGAAUACUCGGAGGAGGAGAAGCGGAAGAUUGAGGAGGAAAAAGCGAAAUUUCAACAGAUCUACGGGCCGCUCCGCGUGUGGGACGUGUCCAAGAUCCAGAACUUCGCCUCCCUGUUCUCCCGCCGGCCCUUGUUCAACUGCGACAUCAGCGGGUGGGACACCAGCAGCGCCGUGGACAUGCACUGCAUGUUCUCCCGGGCGUUCAGCUUCAACCGGCCGCUGAACGAUUAUCAAAAGGAAAAAUCCCCCCUCCCCAUACUGAAAAGGUAUGUUUCUAAAGAAUUUGUGAUGCUGAUUUGUGACCACAAAUCCUGUCUCUCUUGCAAGAGGGCAAACUCAGAGACUCCGCCACGGUAUGCAGGCGAUUUGUAAUGCUGCAAGGCCGAUAGGGCAGACGUCUGCCAUGCUAGGCCCCUCCACUAAGAGGCCCCCCCUUAGGCUUGUUACGAUCUGCGUGCAGUCCUUUACUGCAAGACAAACGUGAUUUGUGUACUCAAAUACAGCAACACAGAUUAAGAUUUCCGUUUUGAUAUGGGGAGGGGGGAUUUUUCUUCUUGAUAACGACUGGGACGUGUCCAAGGUGGUGGACAUGGCGGGCAUGUUCCACGAGGCGCUGCGGUUCAACCUAUGGAUUGCAAAAAUGUCUGGGUCUGGAAGAGUCGGGACUUGUCAUGCACAUUUUGCAUGACCCGUGAGGUCUGUGAUGCUGGUGCUAGCAUCACAGAUUUUUUGAGAGCUUCUUGAUGCUAAUUACGCAUGAGAAAUUCCCUCUUCGCGUGCCAAGAACUGACUCCUCUUGCUGCUCAUGCAACACAGAUAUUUUGAGAAUCCGCAGACAGCAUUACAAGCUGCAUUCUUCCAUACCCAGACAUUUUUACAUUUGAUACAACCAGGACCUGUCCAAUUGGGACGUUUCCUCGGUGGAAACGAUGAAGGCCAUGUUCAUGGCCGCGGAGAAGUUCGACCAGAAAGUCAGCUCCUACAGCUGGGACGUGAGCUAUCAAAAGUAAAAAUGUCUGGGUCUGGGAACUGGUGAUGCUGGGUAGCGUCUCAGGAUGAGGCUACAAAUGCUGGCUCAGCAUGACAAGUUUCUGAGCUCCUAGGCGUUGCCUAUUGUGCAUGACACACUGCGCUUCUGCAUCACAGAAAAGCGGAGCUUUUGGGUAACGUGCAUGACAGAUUUAAGAGUCAUGCCAGACAAACAUGAAUUCUUCCAGACCCAGACAUUUUUACAUUUGAUAUGAGCCGGGUGCAAACGAUGCAGUACAUGUUCAACGACGCGUACGCCUUCCACGACGGGGACCUGCUGGAGCAGUGGGAGCCCCACUUUCUGCGCCUCUUCGGAAACUGCACCCAGAAGGCGAUCGGGGACGUCUUCCACGGCUCCAAGAUCUACUGGACCCGCAUUCAGUUUCUCACCGUCGGCCACGCCUGAGCCCGGGGGUCGUCGUCGUGUGCAGGAGCAGGCUACAAGUUUAUAUGCGCUAUCCUUUUAUCAAGCUAUUUUUCUCUGUUGUCUACCUUGUUUCGAUCAUCGUUUCCGUUGUAAAUCUUCCAUGAUGUCUGUUAGUUGAAGUUCCUGCUUCUGCUGAGAGGCAGCUUCUCGUCGUGCCCGUCAACUCGGAAUAGAUAUGCAUGCCUGGAGCAUGUUUAAGCCCGUGCGUACGGUUUUUUUUUCUUUCACGAAGCUGCGCGAAC